CUUGCUUGAGUUUAUGAUUAUGAUGUGUCUGGUCUGUGCGGCACGCUAAUCUACGUUAGAAACUACAUAAGUAUACAAGAUUUGCGUAGAGGAAUAACUGAUUUUGAUAACCAUGGCUUCUAGUGAGGGUCGAACUGCUCAAUCCAACUUGCAUCAGCAAGACUUAUCCAAAUUAGAUGUCACAAAACUAUCUGCUCUUUCACCUGAAGUUAUAUCUAGACAAGCAACAAUAAAUAUUGGUACUAUUGGACAUGUAGCUCAUGGAAAAUCAACAGUUGUUAAAGCUAUUUCAGGAGUACAAACUGUUAGAUUCAAGAAUGAACUAGAAAGAAAUAUUACCAUAAAGUUGGGUUACGCCAACGCCAAGAUCUACAAAUGCGACAAUCCGAAGUGUCCUCGGCCCACCAGCUUCAUCUCGGGCGGUUCAUCGAAGGACGACAACUUCCCCUGCUUCCGCGCCAAUUGCACAGGCCGCUUCCAGCUGGUGCGCCACGUGAGCUUCGUCGACUGCCCCGGCCACGACAUUCUUAUGGCCACCAUGCUUAACGGUGCCGCUGUCAUGGACGCCGCUCUACUGCUCAUCGCAGGUAACGAAUCGUGCCCGCAGCCUCAAACUAGUGAACAUUUAGCUGCCAUCGAAAUCAUGAAAUUGAAACACAUACUCAUUCUGCAAAACAAGAUAGACUUGGUAAAAGAAGGCCAGGCGAAAGAACAACACGAACAGAUUGUGAAGUUCGUGCAAGGCACUGUCGCAGAGGGCGCUCCAAUCAUUCCCAUAUCAGCUCAGUUGAAAUAUAAUAUUGAAGUGCUUUGCGAGUACAUCACAAAGAAAAUCCCGGUGCCAUUGAGAGAUUUCACGUCGCCGCCUCGCAUGAUCGUGAUCCGUUCAUUCGACGUCAACAAGCCGGGCUGCGAGGUCGACGACCUCAGGGGCGGGGUCGCUGGCGGCUCCAUCCUCCAAGGAGUACUCACUGUUGGAAUGGAGAUCGAAGUGCGUCCCGGACUAGUGAGCAAAGACGCGGACGGAAAAUUGACAUGCCAACCGAUAUUCUCCCGCAUCGUGUCCCUGUUCGCGGAACAGAACGAGCUGCAGUACGCGGUGCCCGGCGGACUGAUCGGCGUGGGCACCAAGAUAGAGCCCACGCUGUGCCGCGCCGAUCGACUCGUGGGACAGGUCCUCGGUGCCGUAGGUGCUUUACCAGGAAUAUUCGUCAAACUGGAAGUUUCCUACUAUUUACUGAAGCGUUUACUAGGCGUUCGCACAGAAGGGGACAAAAAAGCGGCCAAAGUUCAGAAAUUAACUAAAAACGAGGUGCUUUUGGUCAACAUUGGUUCCCUGAGUACUGGCGGUAGAGUAAUUGCUACAAAAGCUGAUUUGGCUAAAAUCGCCCUCACAAAUCCAGUCUGCACAGAGAUAGGGGAAAAAGUAGCACUUAGCAGAAGAGUAGAAAACCAUUGGCGGUUAAUUGGAUGGGGUCAGAUCCAAGGAGGUGAAACUAUUGAACCCGCAAAGAAUUAAUUUGUUGAGUAUUUACUUUUAUACAAACAUGUAAUUAUUAUGUAUAACUACGAUAUAUAUUUAAUAAAAUACACUCU